AUGGGUGGCUUGACAAGUCUUCUCCUGUUGCUGUGCGUUGGUGUCACACUGAGCUCAGUGUUGGAUCUGCAGAAGAGGAUCAUUGGAGGUCACGACUGUCCAGAAGGUGAACGUGGGUACCAUGUGAAACUUCUUAGAGAAAAUGGUGACCUACUGUGUGGCGGCUCUCUGCUCAAGAACGACUGGAUUCUGACUGCAGCUCACUGCUGGGAGUGGGGUAUGAAAGUGGUUGUAGGCGUGCCUCCAGACUCUCAACUGGACCCUGUGAUGGUCAUAGAACCGCCUGUGAUGUAUGCGGAUGACAAAAAAAGAAUCCAUGACAUCAUGCUGCUGAAGCUACCACCCUUACACAACCUUCCUAAGAUUACGCCUGUAGAUCUUCCUGUGGAUUGUAAGAAGCAAAAACCCAAGCCACGUGAUACAGUUAAGAUUGCAGGUUCUGUACUCACGAGCAAAGGCGGUGAUGAUAAAAGAGUAUACACAUAA